CAACCAAACAUGGCUAGAAUUUUAGCGAAGCCCCAAGUAGAAAGAUAACCAUAAAAGGACACUUUCCCCAAUUGUUUACAGAUUUCCAGGAGGCUUUUGGCAAAUGGUUCAACUUUUGGGCACCAUUCGCCCUUCUCCUUCUCUGAGCUACUUUGCAACAUACAAACGCCAGCUCUCACUCUACAGCCCUCCAACCAAAGCUCCGGCAAAUGGGUUUUCUCCCUUCAGACGAGUUUUCAACUCUUACCUCCAAUCUAAUUCAGAAACUACGGCCGCUGGCUCACCUUGUGAGCAUUCAGAAAUCAUAUUUAUAGGUACUGGUACUAGUGAAGGAAUUCCUCGAGUCAGCUGCCUCACAAAUCCUUUAAAGACAUGUGCGGUUUGCUUGAAAGCUGUGGAACCAGGGAAUAAAAAUAAGAGGCUCAACACAAGCAUCCUUGUUCGUUAUCCUAGACCCUCUGGAAAUUAUAACAUUCUUAUAGAUGCUGGAAAGUUUUUCUACCACAGUGCUCUCCAAUGGUUUACUGCCUAUGGGAUAAGAACAAUUGAUGCGGUUAUUAUUACUCAUUCGCAUGCUGAUGCAAUUGGAGGUCUGGAUGAUCUUCGCGAUUGGACAAACAAUGUCCAACCCAGCAUCCCGAUCUAUGUUGCCCAGCGUGAUUUUGAGGUAAUGAAAAAGACUCAUUAUUAUUUGGUGGAUACAAGGGCGGUUCUUGCUGGUGCUGCAGUCUCUGAGUUGCAAUUUAAUAUCAUACGUGAGGAUCCAUUUGUAGUACAAGAUUUGAAGUUUACCCCUUUACCUGUGUGGCAUGGUCAGGGUUAUCGUUCCCUUGGAUUUCGUUUUGGUAAUGUUUGUUAUAUAAGUGACGUUAGUGACAUACCUGAAGAAACUUAUCCACUUCUGAAAGAUUGUGAACUCCUGAUUCUGGAUGCUUUACGGCCAGAUCGGUCUUCUUCAACGCAUUUUGGACUCCCAAGGGCUUUGGAGGAAGUACGGAAAAUCCAACCGAGAAAGACUUUGUUCACUGGUAUGAUGCAUCUGAUGGAUCAUGAAAAGGUGAACGAUUAUCUUUUGAAAUUGAAGGAGACAGAGGGUCUUGACGUACAGCUGAGCUAUGACGGACUUCGUGUACCAGCAGCGUUUCACGGUUAACUUUUCUUUUCAUUUGAAAUGCCAUUUGAUCUCUCAUGAGCUUUGCAAUACCAAUUUCAAUUGCCACUCAAUGUACUCAACUUUUUCAGUGGUUUAUAUCUUGCAGUCAUCUUGGCUUUCCCUGAUGCCAAAUAUCCAAUAAGAUUAAUGGUCAUUUUUCAAAAUCU